CCCGUGUCACAGUGACCCUGAACUCAUUCAUGGUGAAUUUACGCGUCUUGUUUUAACAUUAUUAUCCUUAUUGUUAUUAUUAUUAUAAUCAGAGCUAAUGGGAGCCGGUGAAAGCAGAUCUGUGUCAUACGGUCUGGAUGAGGAAGAAAAUGUCACUGUUCUGCAUGGAGUAAAGUUAUCGGGCAAUGUUCUCCAACGGAUGAGAGACCCUGGACCAUCUCCUGUGAGACCAGCAUUAUCAAAACCAGAGAGUGGCAAAUCUGACCCAGGGCCUGCUAGACCAUCUGCAGCUGAGAUGCAAGAGGAACUUCGAAGAAGGUUCGAUAGAGAACAGGCUCUGGUCCAGGAAGAGCUGGCUCGGAUUGCCCAUAGAGAGAGAGAGGAUGAAAACCCAGCCGUGCUCAGGGAGAGAGCCAGGAGUCGAGAGGAAGAGGAGAAAGCUCAGGACCUGCCAGCUGAGUUGAGUAUUCGGGCCCGACAGCUGAAGAGAAAAGAAGAUGAAUUAAAACAUCUUGCUGAAUUUUACAAGGAGCAGCUACAACGGAUGGAGAAGAAGAAUGUAGACAUCUAUCAACAAACUCUACAAAUAUACAACCAAGAGGCAGUUAAGGCAGAGACCAGUGUUAGGCCUCAUAACAUCAGCAUCAUCUGCCCUGAGCUCCAGUCUCAGGUGUUGAACUGCUACAGAGAGAACAAACAUCAGACUCUUCAGUGCUCACAGCUGGCCAGAGAAUAUAUCAACUGCAUCAACUCCUCCAAGAAGAACCUGCUGGUGAACCACGGAUGAAGACGAUGGUUAAUAAUGAUGAAGAACUGUUCAGCAGAGGAUCCAUAAAAAACAUUCAGCACUGUGUGCGCACUUGCAUGAAUGAAGUGGAUGAGCGUGUGUGAGCAUCUUUCUCUAUAAUGGUGUCUGUGCUGACAAGAUUAUGUUAUGUUGGAUUGUGAUAAUCCUGAUUUACUGUAAGCAAAUAAAUUCUCUACAGUGUAACAUAUUUGUGAGACUCUGAUUGUCUCCAAACAUUAAAUGUGAAGAGGAUUUAUGAGUCUGAA